AUGGAUUCAUUUAACGCCAGCGGAAUGGACGCGUUCACGGUGGUCCAUCUGAAUUCCUCCUGGAGUCUGGACAGUGGAUAUUCUUUAGCAGCCAUAGCCAGCAUUGCUGCUCUUGUGAGUUUUCUCAUUCUCUUUACGGUUGUUGGGAAUAUUCUGGUGGUUAUUGCGGUGUUGACGAGCAGGGCGCUGAAAGCCCCACAGAACCUUUUUCUGGUGUCUCUGGCCACCGCGGACAUUCUGGUCGCCACUUUGGUGAUGCCGUUUUCUCUGGCGAAUGAACUAAUGGGCUACUGGUAUUUUGGAAAAGUGUGGUGCGGUAUUUAUCUGGCUUUGGAUGUUUUGUUCUGCACUUCGUCUAUAGUUCAUCUGUGCGCAAUAAGCCUGGACCGCUACUGGUCCGUUACGCAGGCUGUAGAGUACAACCUGAAGCGGACUCCCAAACGCGUCAAGUGCAUCAUCGUAAUUGUUUGGCUUAUAUCUGCUUUCAUCUCGUCUCCUCCGCUCAUAUCUAUAGAUCGCAACAAUGAUAUCAGCUCUCAGCCUCAGUGCGAGCUGAAUGAUGACACUUGGUACAUCCUCUCCUCCAGCAUCGCGUCCUUCUUCGCUCCGUGUUUAAUUAUGGUGCUGGUGUAUAUCAGAAUAUACCAGGUGGCCAAAACCAGAACCAGAACCAUGUCGGGAAAAAAUUCCAGGCCAGAUGGUGUUGAACAUACCGAGAAUGGACUGAGCAAAGCCACCUCCCCUUUCCAUGGCGAGAGAGAGAAUGGUCACUGUCAGUGCCCGCCUACGCCCAGCCAACGCACCGUCACCAUCGGGCAACAGACUGAGGAUGCUGACAUGGAGGAGAGCUCCUCCUCAGAGGGCAAGGGUCACAAAUCCCAGCAGGAGGACCACCAAAAAGCCAAGAAGGCCAGACAAAAGAAAAUCUCCCUCUCCAAAAAGUCCACUCGCAUCUCCAGGGUCAGUAACAAAUCCAAGGAGCUCUUUGCCUCCAGGAGGAGACGUCGCCGGGGCUCCUUGGCCAGGAAAAAGGUCUCUCAAGCCAGGGAAAAGAGGUUUACAUUUGUCCUGGCUGUGGUCAUGGGGGUGUUUGUUUUGUGCUGGUUCCCCUUUUUCUUCAGCUACAGCCUGUACGGUGUGUGCAGGGACUCCUGUAAAAUCCCAGACCCGCUCUUUAAAUUCUUCUUCUGGAUUGGCUACUGUAACAGCUCCCUCAACCCUGCCAUCUACACCAUCUUCAACCGGGACUUCAGGCAUGCUUUCCAGAAGAUCCUCUGCAAGUCUUGGAAAAAGUCCUUUUAG